AUGGAUUCGGACGAUGGUAGUACGAAAAAAUCGAGCCGAGGACGUGGAAAGACCAGAGGCUCCCGAGGACGUGGUCGCGGUCGUGGUCGUGGACGUGGAAAGAAAGCUACACGAGUAAUCUCUUCCGAGGAAGAAGAGGAAGUCGCAUCACCCGAACCGGAAAAGCAGCAUUCAGCUGCUGUCAAAGAAUCGGCGGUGAUUGUACCGAUUGUACCGGACCCGCCCGCCGAACCGAACCCGGAACCAUUGACGAGCAUUCUACCGGCGCCUGGUAGUGCUCCGCUUAUUAUCGACAUGGAGGCAGACAUUUCGCAGUUGGAAGCACCCACCUUUACGACGAUAAGCCGUGGUCCUCCGGAACCGAUGCUGCGUCUGAGCUGGAACCACAAGGUGAACCUAAUCGGAGAGAAGGUGUUAAACCCGAUGAUCUAUUGCUGCGAUCAGUGCGACAAUCCAAUACUUAUCUACGGUCGAAUGAUACCGUGCAAGCAUGUGUUUUGUCUUCGGUGUGCACGCUCCGAAACAUUCAAGGUGUGUCCACGCUGCAACGAGAAAGUUGUCCGGGUGGAACAGACGCGCCUCGGUACGGUAUUUAUGUGUACGCAUGGUGGCACUCGGUACGGGAAUACUGGCUGUCGCCGGACAUACCUUUCUCAACGAGAUCUACAGGCACACAUUAAUCACCGACACGUUACAAAUCCGGCCCCACCGGCACAGUCAACGAUACAACCGCUGGUUAUACCGUCCCCACAACAAACCGUCUCGAUUCAGCCAAUGGAACUGUCACCUAUGAGUAAGAUGCUGUCGGAAAAGGUAAACUCCGGUGGGGUUGCCUCAUUGCGCAAAAACUCCAGCGAACAGCACAGUUCUCCACGGUCCGGAAUAAUGCGUCAGUCCGAGCUGGGCGAUAGUUACUACAAUUACGGUAACUCUAGCUCGUACAGUACAAACCAUUCCGCUCCGAAUCAGCAUUUGUCCCGCGCCAGUUACUCACCUUACGCACAUCAGACAUCAUCUCCGCAACAGCAACAAAUGCAACCGUCUACGACAUCAUCCAUAUCGUCGAACCACUGGAGCCAAUCCACCAGUCAGUACUAUCGUUAA